UCGACAGCCUGAGUAUCACUAUGGCGUUCACAUUAUCGUGCAUUAAAUUAAUUGUGUCUUGGACAAACCACGGUGUGCUCCGCGAAAUUUUAACAACCAUGGAGAAGGACUGCCAGAAAUACGCCGAUAUCGAUACGAAUAAUUUGAUAGCGAAAACGUCGAUGCUUUCAUUUCGAUUAACGACCGCGAUCACUGUUGGUCACCUUGUCUCCGUGGUUCUUUACACAUUGGGCACAAUUGGAUAUCAAGAAGGCAGUAAUUCGACUCGAGAGUUGCUUUUCAAAAUGGAUUUGCCCUUCGACACGAACGAGUCCCCCGCUUAUGAGCUUGUGAUAACCGCGCAAUUCCUUCAUCUGGUAACAUCCUCCCUCAACUUCGGUACUUUUAGUGCUUUCCUUUUGAUGGUGACUUUUCAUAUAGGCUGUCACGUGGACAUACUGUGCAACACAAUGUGGGAUCCAUCUCUAGUAGACAAAGAGCAGAUACUAUUCUUCAUCAGCAGGCAGCAGGAGAUCACUAUGUUGGGAAAGAAAAUUGAGCAACUGUUCACGUAUAUAGCUCUCGGCCAACUUCUAUCGAACACUCUCAUUACGUGUUGCGUGGGUUAUCUUAUUGUAAUUUCGUUGAGCAUGGAAAAUGGACUUCCCAUCUUUAUUAAAUGUAUAGUGUUCUACUGUGUAAUUUGUAUAGAAGCGUUCAUCUACUGUUUUGUUGGAGAAUUCCUCGACAUUAAGAGUAAAAUGAUCGCCGAAGUAGCAUAUGGGAUGCCAUGGUACAACUUAGAUCCAAAUAUUAGUCGACAAUUAGUGCUGUUGAUAUUAAGAGCUGAGAAGGGAAUGCCUCUGACAUUCGGAAAGUUUUCGAAACUCAAUCUAGAAAGCUUCACUGGAAUCAUGAAGGCUUCAGCAUCUUACAUGUCGGUGCUUCUAGCAAUGUCCUGAAACAGAAACCUCGCACUUGUUGUACACGUAACACAUCGUAAAUGAAAUAUUGAAAUGAAAUCACCAUGUUAUCUCAACUGAAAUAGAUGUAUAAUUCCGUAA